CUGCUGUUCCAGUCCCGCCCCUGAGUUCUGUCAUGGCGACGUCCAGUACUCCAGCCGGUGUGAGGACACGCUAUGCUGGGGUUUUUGUCCGCGCGACAAACGGGUUUGGAGGACCCUCUUCGCCUUCGGAGAGCAGAGUCAACACGGAGAGUUUUGGGACUGGAAUUAAAUAAAGACAGAGAUGUUGAAAGAAUCCACGGCGGUGGAAUUAACACCCUUGACAUUGAACCUGUUGAAGGGAGAUACAUGUUAUCAGGUGGUUCAGAUGGUGUGAUUGUACUUUAUGACCUUGAGAACUCCAGCAGACAGUCUUAUUAUACAUGUAAAGCAGUGUGUUCCAUUGGCAGAGAUCAUCCUGAUGUUCACAGAUACAGUGUGGAGACGGUACAGUGGUAUCCUCAUGACACUGGCAUGUUCACAUCAAGCUCAUUUGAUAAAACUCUGAAAGUAUGGGAUACAAAUACAUUACAAACUGCAGAUGUAUUUAAUUUUGAGGAAACAGUUUAUAGUCAUCAUAUGUCUCCAGUCUCCACCAAGCACUGUUUGGUAGCAGUUGGUACUAGAGGACCCAAAGUACAACUUUGUGACUUGAAGUCUGGAUCCUGUUCUCACAUUCUACAGGGUCACAGACAAGAAAUAUUAGCAGUUUCCUGGUCGCCACGUUAUGACUAUAUCUUGGCAACGGCAAGUGCUGACAGUAGAGUAAAAUUAUGGGAUGUGAGAAGAGCAUCAGGAUGUUUGAUUACUCUUGAUCAACAUAAUGGGAAAAAGUCACAAGCUGUUGAAUCAGCAAACACUGCUCAUAAUGGGAAAGUUAAUGGCUUAUGUUUUACAAGUGAUGGGCUUCACCUCCUCACUGUUGGUACAGAUAAUCGAAUGAGGCUCUGGAAUAGUUCCAAUGGAGAAAACACACUUGUGAACUAUGGAAAAGUUUGUAAUAACAGUAAAAAAGGAUUGAAAUUCACUGUCUCCUGUGGCUGCAGUUCAGAAUUUGUUUUUGUACCAUAUGGUAGCACCAUUGCUGUUUAUACAGUUUACUCAGGAGAACAGAUAACUAUGCUUAAGGGACAUUAUAAAACUGUUGACUGCUGUGUAUUUCAGUCAAAUUUCCAGGAACUUUACAGUGGUAGCAGAGACUGCAACAUUCUGGCUUGGGUUCCAUCCUUAUACGAACCAGUUCCUGAUGAUGAUGAGACUACAACAAAAUCACAAUUAAAUCCGGCCUUUGAAGAUGCCUGGAGCAGCAGUGAUGAAGAAGGAUGAAUAUCACCUUUAGUACCUUUGUGUCUCUGCUGAAACUUUUUAAAUGAGACCGUAUGUUUUUUCCAACUGUACGGUCUAUUCCUGACAGCUAAAUUAGCCCUAAAUGUGGGUAAUUUUUUUCCUCAUGUUUUAAAAUGAGGUUAAUAUUUGCAUAAAAUUCUAUAACAGGCUUCUGUGUAGUUUAUUUAGUCAAAAUGUGUUCCUUGAUCCCAGAUGCUGUGGCCUGGGGAAGCCCUCCUUGCUACAGUACAAGUACACAAGUCAUUGUACCUCAAUUGUGACCUUCAGCAGAUUUUAUGAACUAUAAGAUGCAGUCUCAGAGGAUCAGCAAGUGGAGGCCACCAGUAUUGACUUUCUCUUACUUGCUAUACUAUCGGCCUGCUCAUUUCCACCUUCAAGAAUGAUUUUGCCAAGAAUAAUUAUAUCAAAAAUAGUAGUUGAAAUGGUAACAUCAAAAUUAUUUUAUUCUUUCUUCUUCAUGUAUUCACAUUUUUCAAUGGUUUCAUUUAAUUAACCAUGCUUUAUGUUAAACAUUUUUGGGCUCAAUGUCUCCUACAAUCCAAAAUGUGCAUCACAGGAGGCUUUUAACUUUGUGAAAAUCCCAUGUUUGCUUUAUUUUAUUUUAAUGUCAGAAGGCAGUUUGCACUAAUGCUUGAACUCUUUUUUUUAUGAAACUCAUUAAGAUAUGACGAAAUCCUGCCUCAUUAAUUCAAGCAGAAAAUAUCCUGGCAGGGAAUCUGGCUUAAAUAUGAAAUGUUGUAAUAAAAUUUCUAUGUUACUGUC